AUGUCUCCCCCAGCGCCGAAGGCAGGUCUUGACUGGGCUUUUCUUUCCUUGGCGAAUGACAUUCCCAUGAACGGGCAUAUUGAGGCAUGGUACAGUGAAACCAAGUGCACUUGGUCGACCCCCAGCCUGGUGACAAACCCGGGAAUUACAGUCCAUGGGCUCUGUCCCGGUCUGAACUACGGACAGCAGUGCUACGAGGGAAUGAAGGCGUUUCGCACAGCUGACAACCGCAUCGUCGUCUUCCGUCCCCAUCGUCACGCUGCCCGCAUGGCUAGAUCUGCCGAGUCAGUCUGUCUUCCGCCUCCGCCAGAGGAACUGUUCCUGGAAUGCAUCCGUCAAGUGGUAGCGGCCAACGCUGAAUUUGUCCCCCCAGCCGAGGCAGAUUCGUAUCUAUAUAUUCGGCCCGUGCUCUUUGGUGCCUCUGCCAGAAUUGCGCUGGCCCCGUCAGAAGACACCCUCUUGGCCGUAUACGUACAGCCUCUCCGACCGUAUCACGGCUCAGCCGCCAUCGACGCUGUGGUGCUAGAAGAUUUCGACCGGGCAGCACCACGCGGAAUGGGCCAGUACAAAAUUGGAGGCAACUACGCACCUGUCUGGAAGCACACGGCAAAAGCCAAAGCAAGUGGUUUUGGUGUCACACUACACCUCGACAGCGCCACAAGGACUUUUGUGGAAGAGUUCUCCACCAGUGGCUUCCUGGGUCACAAGACAACGAGCGGGCGUCACAUGCUGGUAGUGCCGGACACCACCACGGCCAUCGAGAGCGUGACGAGCGACAGCAUGCAGAAGUUGGCCGAGAAGGAGGGUUGGGCCAUCCACAAAGAACCAAAGUUACCGUUUGCCGCGGUCUCUGAGUUGGAUGAGGUUGUUGCUGUUGGGACUGCAGCAGCUGCAGUACCUGUCCGCAGCAUCACCCGCCUCUCAACGGACGAGAAAUAUACCUUCAGGGAUGGAGACGGAAAGCUCACAGGCUUAGCAUCGCUCAUGGCUGAUAUCCAACGAGGGCGGGCCGUAGAUACUUGGAACUGGUGCCAUGAGAUAACAGGAUUUGCAGAUAAGGGUCAAAAGGCGGGGAUCGUCAGGGACAUGAAUGGUCUCUAG